GCCCUAUGCUAUGUUACUAUGCCUCUUCUAAUGGAAGAAAUUAAAAAAUAACAAAUCAGCUGAUCGCGGUGUAUUUUUACAAUUCUGUCAAACCAAAAACAAAUCGUUUUCUUCGAGCUAAACUAAAUCUUCACAAAAAAAGAAUUGAAAUAAACAAAUAAUUGUAUUGGCAUAAUCAUACAUGCGGAGAAACUUCAUGGUGUUUACAAAUUUUCUGCAGUGUUAAAGCUACCUUUACACAUUGGCAGAAUAGUGUGAAACGUAAGCCUUGACAAAGAAAACAUACAAUUUUAGUAUUUACAAUAAAUAUUAAAAUGAAGAAAGUGCAAGGCAACGACUCAUUCCAACGCAUAAAUUAUCUGUAUCAAGUUAGUAAAUAUAUAUCUGAAAAAAAUCCAGCACUAUCAUCAUACUACGGCAAUCUUAUCGUGAGCAUUGCCAAGAAGAAUGUUCUGAAAAUACAUCCUGAUAUCAAAAGGCAGAUGUGCAAAAAAUGCAGGUGUACACUUAUUCAUAAUGUUACCAGUACAAAAAAAAUUAAAAGGAAAAACAAAUCAAAGAUUAUUGAAUGGGUUUGCAGUAUCUGUGAUACAAAGAAAGCACUCCCAAUAGAUAAAAAUAAAGAUCAUAUAUUGUGGGUUGAUAAGUCAGAAGCUGUUGUGGAGAUAAUAAACUAAUCAAGUUUUUUAUUCUUUGUUUAAAUCAUUAAAUAGAAGUAUUAUGUUUAAAUACAUUGCACUUUAAUAUAUUUUAUGUACACACUGGCCUAUGCUCUCACCAACUAGUGUAGCAACUAUUCCUACACAGACAAAGAAAUUUAGUGU